CGAAUGCAAUAAACUGCUGUAGAUUAUAUUUAUUGCAUCUUUGAUUAAAUAACAGUAUAAAUAGUACAUGUUUGCAAUUUUCCUACCAAAUUACCCGACGGUAGAAAUCACGAAGAUGAAAUUCCUGACUGUAUUUGCUCUCCUGGUGGCGGCUGCGGCUGCUGACUACAGUGGCUGGUCUCUGCACGACCUCUCCCAAGCCAUCCAGAACCCCAACACCGACCCCGCUCUGCUGCCUGCCUUGGAAGAUGCCCUCAACCAAAUGAUGGAUCAAAUCUUCGCUGAGAAACCCGUGGUUCCUGUUGACGCCAGCGCCCCCGUUGACCUGACUGGAUGGACCAUCCACGACCUGGUUGCUGCUAUGGAGAACCCUGAAACCGACCCCGCUCUCAUGCCCUUCCUUGAGCAAGCCCUCGAUCAACUAAUGGACGCUAUCUACGCUGGCAUCCCAGUGGAAGCCGUCGGUGUUCCUCCCGUAUCCAUGGAGGUCACCCACUGGACUCUCGGUGAGCUUUCCGAAGCUCUCCAGAACCCUGAGACCAACCCCGCUAUGAUUCCCUACUUGGAACACGCUCUUAACCAGAUGAUGGACGCUCUCUACGCUGGACACGAAUUGGAAUCUAUCGCCGUCGUUGCUCCCGCUGGUCUGGCUCCUGCCAAGCCCGAGAUUAUCAACCCCGUACCUGCCCCCAUGCCCGUGGUUGAACCCGCAGAACCUGUUGAGACUCCCGUAGUCCCCGCUUCCAGCCCCCUCGUCCAGAUCAUCGUCAACAUCAACCAGCAAUAAAUUAUCUAAAUUAUUUGUAUAGAUACUUUCUAUACAAAUAAAUGUAUCUGUUAUACUUCAAAUCUUUUUUGUUUCUUUUAUUUAU